AUGAACACAAACCCGCCUUCUGACUUCAAGGACCUUGUGGCCCAGUGGCGAAGACAGACUUCAGAUGUCAGUAAAACCAAGUGUCCAGGCAAGUGUGGUACUCCACCCAAUUUACAGUUUGCUUCUCUGAUAAAUCAGUUGAAUGAGACAGAGUUUGAAACUGGAACUUUUCUGAAAUACAACUGCCGCCCUGGCUACACUAGAACCUCUUCAAAAUCUUUUGGUGUUACCUGUACCUCAUCAGGUGAAUGGAACUACCAGGUCUUCUGUGUCAAGAGACGAUGCAGAAACCCAGGAGAAUUACUUAACGGGCUAGUGACAGUUAAGACAGAUUACUCUUACGGAUCAGAAAUAGAAUUCAGCUGUUUAAAAGGAUAUGUCUUACUUGGCUCAGCUACUAGUUACUGUGAGAUCCAAGAUAAAGGAGUUGAUUGGAGUGAUCCUCUCCCCAAAUGUGAAAUUAUCAAGUGUGAGCCUCCUCCAGACAUCAGCCAUGGGAAGCACAAUGGUGGAGAGAAAAAUAUCUACACAUACGGCUCUUCUGUCACCUACCACUGUGACCCCAACUUCUCAGUGUUGGGCGAAGCCUCCAUUUCUUGCUCAGUGGAAAAUGAAACAAUAGGUGUCUGGAGUCCAAGCCCUCCUACCUGUAAAAAAGUCAUUUGUUCUCGGCCAGUGGUUACAAAUGGGAAAAUAAUCACCGGAUUUGGACCCACCUAUACUUAUAAACAGACUGUUGUAUUUGGCUGCAAUAAAGGUUUCAUCCUGAAGGGCAGCAGUUUAAUCCAUUGUGAAGAAGAUAACAACUGGAAUCCUCCUCCUCCCAUCUGUGAACUCAAUAGUUGCAUUGGCUUACCAGACAUCCCUCAUUCCACCUGGGAACGAUAUAUCUCCUAUAUGCGAGCAGAAGACAAGGUGUAUGAGGUUGGGACAACGUUGGCGUAUUCCUGCCAACCUGGGUAUAAACCCGCAGCAAAUGAGCCUACAACGGUGACUUGUCAGGAAGAUUUGAAGUGGACCCCGAGCAAAGGAUGUGAGGAGGUAUGUUGCCCAAUACCAGAGCUGAAGGAUGUCACAAUCACUCAUCGCAGACCAAGUGGCUUCAACAAUGGCUGUGCCUAUUUCUUUGGAGAUUCGGUUUCAUAUACAUGUCCUGGGAAACGUACAUUUAGUGCUAGAUGCACAGGGGAUGGCACGUGGAAUCCUAAGACGCCAGCAUGUGAGCCAAGUUGUGAUUCUCCUCCUGUCAUUGCCCACGGACACUAUAAAUUAAUCAGUGCAUACUUCUUCAAAGAUGAUGUUGUGUAUGAAUGUGAUGAAGGGUACACUCUGGUUGGAGCGAACAAACUCACCUGCCAUGCUGCAGUCUGGUCCCCUGCAGUCCCUCAAUGUAAAGCUCUGUGUUGGAAACCAGAGAUAGAACAUGGAAUGUUAUCUGUGGAUAAGAAUCGAUAUACUGAGCCUGAAAGUGUCAAGGUCCAGUGUGACCCCGGCUAUGGUUUGGUUGGUUCCGAAAGUAUCACUUGCUCAGAGAACAGAACCUGGUACCCGGAGGUGCCCAAAUGUGAGUGGGUGUACCCUGAAGGCUGUGAGCAGGUACUUGUAGCUAGGAAACUCAUGCAGUGCCUCCCAAAUCCAGAGGAGGUGAAAUUGGCCCUGGAGGUGUAUAAACUCUCCCUGGAGAUUGAAAUACUGAAGCUUCAGAGAGACAAGGAGAAGAAGAUUCAGGAGUCAUCAGUGUAAUUCUUCCCAGAAAAGGGAGGAAAAAUGUGCCUUGCUGCCUUUAAUCCAAUAUGAAUCACUUCAGUGUAUCAACUUUACCAUCUCUUUGGCACUAAAAUUCAUUGUAAUAAAUCUUCAUAUAUCACAGCAA